UACAUACCUUGCUUGUAGCAGUUGGACCAUUGGUGGUAUCUCACAGGAGCUCGGGCUCAUCCACUUGGAUAUGGCGUGUCAGGACCAAUCAAUUCAGGUUGUGCUGCAGGCUCUUCAAACGCUUUAUCAUGACCCACAAGGAGAUGCAAAGAAACGAGCGAACGAGUGGUUGGAGGAAUUUCAACAUAGCGUCGAAGCCUGGCAGACAUGUCAUUCUUUAUUGACAGAAUCGUCGACACCACUGGAGGGCCGACUUUUCUCCGCCCAGACUAUCAGAUCGAAGAUUCUCUAUGACCUCUCGCAACUUCCCGUCGAACAACAACUACCUCUUCGCGAUUCCUUACUCUCAUCCCUAGUCACUACCGCCUCUCAACCCGGCUCGAGAGCAGUCAUACGGCAACUGUGCCUCGCCUUAUCUGAUCUCGCUCUUCAGUCUUCACAAUGGGCAGAUCCGUGUGACGAUAUGAUCAAACGGUAUGGUCAAGACCCGAGCACGGUCCCGACAUUGUUGGCGUUUCUCCAGAGCUUUGCCGAGGAAUCGAUGAAUUCUAGAGUCGCCUUAUCAUCGCAAUAUCUCGAUGGUAUUGGACCUGCGUUUCAACAAGUCUUGAACAUUCUGACUUUAUAUAUAAACGCACCGGGAAUCACUUCGGACAUACAAGUCGCUGUGUUCGAGUCCUUCCGGAGUUGGAUCAUCACUGGAGAGAUGGAGCAACACCUCAUGAUCGAGAAUCCCCUCUUCAACGCAUUAUUCGAAGCUCUCCCUUCAGAUCCUCUCUUUGACGCCGCCGUGGACGCACUAUGCGACGUCAUCCACGAAACUCGAGAACUCGUCUCAAAUCCACAAUUCGUCUCACUCAUCAUUCCACGUCUUGUCGCCCUGCGGCCACAAUUAGAGGAGCACAAGGAAGAUCCGGAUCGGAUAAGAGGAUACUGCCGAAUAUUGUGCGAAGCGGGGGAAUGCUACAAUUCAGUCAUUGUCAAGCAUCCGACGGAGAUGUUACCAUUAGUCGAGGCCAUAGCCCAAUGUGCUGCUUACCCUGAUCUGGAUAUCGUCCCAAUCACCUUCAACUUUUGGUACGAGGUGGCCACUGCUCUUGGUCGACAGCCUAUCGAACCGCAAUUUAAACCUCUCCUCGACAUUUUUGAAUCCCUCCAGACCGUCAUUAUCAAUCAUCUGCAUUUCCCGCCCGAUAACGAUUCCCAGACUGCACAGGAACGCGACGACUUUAGAACCUUUAGACAUAGAAUGGGGGACACAUUGAAGGAUUGCUGUCAUGUGCUAGGAGCCCCGAGCUGUUUACGAAAAUCUUACGACUUGGUCGUGGCGGCUUUAGGAAAGCCAUCUCCUUCAUGGCAAGAAAUUGAAGCACCUUUAUUCUCCAUGAGAUCCAUGGGUGCUCAAGUGGAUCCGAACGACGACGAGAUAUUGCCGCAUAUCAUGGAGAUGUUACCGAGAUUGCCUGAUCACCCGAGAAUACGAUACGCUGCCAUAUUGGUCAUUUCACGGUACACAGCUUGGAUCGAUCGUCAUCCCGAAAAUAUCACUUUCCAGUUACAAUACAUCUCAGCAGGCUUUGAAAUGGCGAACGAAGAAGUUGCUGCCGCCGCGGCUCAAGCGAUGAAAUUCAUGUGUCAAGACUGUCAACAGCAUCUGGUCCCUUUCCUGCCGCAACUCUUCACCUUCACCACGACAGCCGGAGAUAGGUUAGACCAGGCCGAUAUGGUGGAAGUCUGCGAAGCCAUCGGCUACAUCAUAUCUUCGAUGCCGGUUGAGGACGGGGCUCGGGCUCUCCAGCAAUUUUGCGAACCGCUAAUACAGCGCGUUCAGAGUGUAGCAAGUGCAUCGACGGAAGCGCCGAAAGCGGAAUUGCAAAAGGUCGCUGACGCGUUGGAGCGUCUCGACGCUUUUCUCUCCGUUGUCGGUGAAUUUGACCCACUACCGUCAUCGUGUAUGGCGACACCACAGACCGUUUACGCUGUUCUCGAUCAAUUGAUCGCCAGAUACUCUCACCUUUACUACAUCUCGGAACGUGUAGGCUCGGUCCUCCGGCGCGGUCUAGCGUUCUUCCCCAUCACAGCUCUUCAACCUGUCCUCCCGCCUGUACUCGAGCGUAUGGCAUCCACUUUUGCCACGACUCAUUAUGCCAGCUAUCUGUGGAUUAUUGGAAAGAUUGCUGGCAAACUUGGCGCUUCGACAUCGGGCGCUGCGUUGGGAGCUGCAGAGACGAGAUUGGUCAUUGGAGCGUUCGAAUCAGUCACGACUGAGCUUGAAAGACUAUUGACGACGAAGCAGGCCAUCGAGAUUCCUGACGUCAUGGACGAUUAUGCUCACACAUUCAUGUCCUACCUCACACACCUGUCCGAUGCCACCGUCCCUUCGCCGUGCUUGUCUACCGCGACGCACAUGACCAUCAAUGCCUUGGCUUGCCCUGCUCCGGAGACUAUUAUCAUCGCUCUCGACACUCUCGCUACACUCUCGCAACGCCUGUCACAUCCACAAUUUCAACCCCUGAUUCAACCCAUCUUUGCACAAUGGGGCAAACACUUGAUGAUCAUUCUGUUAUCCGGCAUCACCCAAGGAUUUCCAGAAGACGUCCUGGAGCAAGUCAGGGACAUUUUGACUCGAGUCAGUCAAUGUUCACCACCUGAAGCAGUGGAGGCCUGGACGGUAGAAGGAUUGGAAAAGAUCCCCGGAAACCUCUUGCCUCAGAAUGAGAAGCAGGCAUUUGUCUCUAAAAUGCACGAACAUCUGCUGGCUCCAGAAGGGGAUGCUCUUCGGAACGCAGUGAAUGGUCUCGUUCGUGCUGCCAGACGCGCGAGAGAUAGAGGAAGACAAAGCCGGAAGAGCCUUGGAGCCAUGUGAUUCUGGGAAUUCACACGCAAGAUAUACAUCUUCUCAACCACCUUGUGACCAGGGCAAAAUGAUGUUGCAUG